AUUUGUUUGUCUGGCCGGCGAGGCGAAGUUUUGUUGAUGGUUGUUUUCUGCUUGAGGAUUCAUGUUUUGAAGUUUCGAAUUUUAUUUUGAAUUUCCUGGUACAAUAGAAAAUGUCUUCAAAAAUUAAGGAGAAUAAAGACGACGAAGAAAUGAAAUGGGACAUUCUCAGCGAGUUGAGCUUGUUCACGGCGGUGAUGAACAACAGGCCCGUUGGAUUACACAAACACUUUAAAAUGGCACUUAUUGUGGAAAAAAUGGCUUCGACCAUGAACAAACCCAUUAGUUCUGAUUCCGUUUGGAAGCAUUUAGGAUCUAUGUACAAUCUUAUUUCUCUGGAUGAGAUGGAGUCUCCUAUUGAAUAUGAGGAAGUCGACUUCUCUUUGCCAAGCGAAUUCGCCAGUCUGCAGAAGCUGAAGGAAGAAACGACCGUAGAAAAGAAGAGCAAAAAGGGUGUAAAAGAAAAAGAAACUCCCAAGCGAGAGCCUCCAACAAAGGAGCCCACCAAGAAGGAAACCCCUAAGCCAGCAAAAGAAACUCCCCAAAAGACACAGAAGCCUGUGAAACAUUCCAGCACACCUCAGCAGCCUGCAAGCACGGAGACCCCCAAAUCUGUCAAAAACAAGUUAGUCAUCGUGCCUAAAAAGAAGGAUUCCACAAAGAAGGCCGAGACGCCUAAGGAAAAGAAAGAACCAAGGGAGUUGAAGAAUUUGGGCACUCCUGAUGUCAAACAGCAAUCCCGAUCGAAAGAGACCAGAAGCGGAGUAAAACCUACGAAGGAGGAGUCGCCUAUUCCCACAAGGAGAAGUUUGUCAACAACCAUGGCAGGCACCAAGAGACCAACAAGAGGUUCUGUUGCGAGCAGCAGUGACAGCAAAGCCACCAGCCCUGCUGUUUCGACAACAAGCUCUCGUUCUUCCACACCCGUGCCAACACCGAAAAGGAGGCGUAUUUAAUUAAACAGCAGUGUUUGACAUGAACCCUUAUAUAAUAAUAAUUUGGAAUGUAAAUAUAAAUAACAAAAAUCACUGCCACAAGUUUGUGGACAGGGUAGCACCUCCUGCUGACCCAAAGGGACCCAUGUUGAUUCCUUGCUGAGGCUGCUGGGCGUUUCCAAGAUUGAGUUGGCCCAUUUGCUGAGGCAGUGAAGGCUGAAAUUUGAUCAAUUAGUUAAUAUGAGGUUGAUGUAACAUUCGUGUAUUUAAUUUAUGAUUUGUAAUGAUAAAAUAAAUAAAAUUAACCUGCUGCGAUGAGAAAUCAAACAAA